AUGACCAAUGAGGGCCUGGAAGAGGUCCACAUUCUUCAGUGUCGAAGAGAAGACCAUUAUCAGGAUGAAAUCCCCGGCGAAGAAGAGCUGCCGUGUCGGCCACAGCAAUCUUUGACGCAACUACUAUCCGGUGACCAGCUGCGGAAACGGCAGCGACGAAAGAGUGGCGACACGAGGAAGAGAGCCAGGGUACGAGAGGGUGAGAACCUUGAUGGUACUUUAAUGGAGGGAGAUGAGACCAUCGACUCCACGGCAACGUUGGUGGAAGAAUAUAACCAACCGAGCUUUUUUGAUUCAUCAGCUAGUGAUACUGGAAAAACACUUGCAGACGCAGAACAAGUGACUCUACUGAGUAGGGGAAGAAAUGGCGUUCUUCGACUGCAACUCGCAAACGACGAGGCCGCAAGCAAAACCCAAAUCGAGGGCAUUCCAGAAACAGAACUGCUUACGUAUCCACGGUUCUUUGACUCUGAAGAUAUUCGAGACUUGGAGGAUAAAGUUUACAAUCAACUUGAGUCUACCUCAAUCAAGGAUUUUUUAAUCAGGAGAAAGUUUGACGGGAUGGUCAAGCUCGCGUUGCCGGCAGAUAAACUUCGAAAUAUCCUAGCAAAUCGUCCCGUGGUCGACCCCCUGGUCGAAGCAGAUGCUGUGAAGAGAGCGACAUCCGCUGAAACAGCAGUAACAACCGACGCGGAAGCUUGUGACUCGGCGCUUAAAUCAAACUCAGAGUACACCAAAACAUUAGAAGAAAUGGUUUAUUCCAAUUUAAAGUCUACUUGCCUCAAAGAUUUGCUUUCGCGAAAACGACGGUUUGAUGGAGUUGUCACUUUGAAGUUGGACUCUGAAAAAUUGAAACGUUUGCAAAAUGAGGAUUUGAGGAAGCAAACUUGUGCCAAUGGAACGAGGCUGAUUGAUAGUGAGAUAGAUCCAGUCUUGAAAAACGAGAUGGCGACAAAGAAACUCAACUUGGGGGCAGACAACAAUGGAAGCUUGGUAACUACCAGCGAUCCCAAAGACUCACUCAACAUAGGACUUAUCCCCCCGCGGUGGGGAGAAUCUCAAGAAAGUGAGCUUUUAAAGAACUACAAGUCCGCUUCGAUUGGCGAGAUUCUAGCAAGACGCAGUUUCAAUGGGAAAAUAAUCACUCUGAAGUCGAACAAGGACCACUUGAUGAAACUAGAGUCCCAGCUGCAGAAGCCGUUGGAAGCCAAACGCAGUGGCCCUAAACCAGCAUUGAACUCGCUUUUUUCAAGUAUGAUGCGAGCGAGCCGCAUGUCGCAUCAAAGUUCGAGCCAUUCGCACAAGGAGUUUAGGCUUCCUCAACUAUCGCGGUCGGAAUUUUUGGUGUUGGACCAGUCUCUGGAAAACCAGCUGUUUUCCGUUCCGAGGAGGAAAACAUAUGUCUCCCUCGAUGAAUUUCGUGGUGAGGUUCCCACAACUAUUGAUGAGAGAAAUGAACCGCCAAAAAAAAUUUACACUUAUGAACCUGCCGCAAUAGACUCUCCUAGGGAGCACGCCUUGCAGCGGCUUCCCAAUUUGCACAAGAAUGGACCUUUGCGAGCCAUCCUUAAUAUGAUAGAGUUGCAGAACUAUAAACAAGGCAUGUGGGUGGACAUGUUUCAACCUCGGUCAAUGGACGAACUACUUCUCCAUAAGAGGGCAAUUCAACAGCUUCGGCACUGGUUUGCGGAUAUUUUUAUGAGAGUGGCAAAUAGUAGCGUUCCCCGCAAGCAAAAAUCAAACAAGAAACGAGACAACUUUGUUGUGUUUGAUGAUGACGAUUUGGAAUCGGUUGAACAUGUGCUGCCCGUUCUAGUGCUACAGGGCAAGUCUGGAUACGGAAAGUCUACUGCCAUCCAUACUGCCAUGAGAGAAAGGCAAGGAUAUGUUCACGAGAUACACUGCGGAGACCAGCGGGGAAGAAAAGAUGUCUUUAACAGCUUGAAACAGUUUUGCACUUCGCAUGACGUGACCAAGUACGAAGAAGGGUUGGUCUUGUUUGACGACGUCGACAUUAUCUUUGACGAAGAUCAAGGCUUUUGGAAAAUGGUCGAGGACAUCUGCAGCAUUACAAAGAGACCAAUUGUCUUGACUUGUGAGGAUCUUGCCACCGUUCCCGAUUGCAUUUUGGAUUGUGCUGAAGUUAUCGAAUUGGACGAGUAUGCCAUAUCUAAGAAACUUGUAAAGGAUUAUGUCUGGUUGUGCUGUCUUGUGAAUGGGUUUGACUUGGAUCUGGCGAUUAUUGAUGAAAUUAUAGGAGAGUCGCAAGACAUAAGAAAGUGUUUGAUGCAGUCGCAGAUCAUUUGCAGCAUACCCGGGAAAAACACUGUAACUGCAGUCAAAAAACCGGCCCGAGAUGAGCAAGUACCGGUCAACGAAAAUGUCCUGAUUUAUGAAGAAACCAAGUUGAUCGAUCAGAGAUCGUGCAAUGACUUGACCAGUGCCCUGCUACACCUUAACCUACACGAUGAAGAAGAAGACGCGAUUGAGCAGUCUGCGAGAGCACAGAAGCUCGACAAGUGGCGUGACGACAGUGUUGAAUUCUUUGGGUCUCGAUCGAUUUUCGCAUACUUUCGAAACACGAGGGCGAAUAACCCGAGUCCUCCCAGUUGUGGAGUACCCCAAGAUUCCUGUCUAGUGUCUACCGCAACUGACCCAUUUGUGUUGGAAGUUUUGCCAUUUGGCAGGGUGUGGCAAGUGUUCCAAACGGAGAUUGACCAGUUUGAAAAGAAAGCCACGGAGGAAGGUAAGCUGAGUCUCAAGCAAUUUUUGCGGUAUAGAGACUUUCAGUACGCUUCCAACCUUGACGAGUCGUUGCGUGUCGAUUAUGACCAACAUCCUUUUCUAUAA